GUCAACUUGGCCUAGGAAUUUUUUCUGAUAACAAAAGAACUAGUGCUAAAUGUCACGCUAAGUGUGUAAAAUGAAUAUGUAUGAACCUGUUGUGAAAUUGUAUGCAUAUGUAUUUGGGGAGAGAGAUAAAAAGGGGACCUGAAGAUCCCAGAGGUACGCAUGCCUUUUAAGGGGAGUAAUCCCCGCAUGCGUCCAGCGCUGCAAUAAACAUAUCGGCUUUACAACUUUUACAAAGUUGUGGAGUUUUUGAUUUUCUCCGCAAAACAUUUUGGCGAGCCAGCCAGGAGGUUCCAUCUCUGUCCCCGCAGGGCAGGAGGGAUAGAGGGACCUCCUAGACGCGCCCUGGGAUCUUCCCAGAGGAGCUCCGCUGUCUCGCUUCGCCUUCUGCGGAGACAGACAAGGACCUGCUGGCGUGCGGAAUAUUCGAGAUCUCCUGUGGACGAAAGAAGCCACACGGGCCUUUCACCAGCUAAAGAGUGCCCUCAUGUCAGCUCCAGCCCUAAGACUUCCAGAUGUAAGUAAACCAUUCUUUCUAUUUUCCCAUGAAAAACAGGGAAUUGCCUUGGGAAUACUGGCCCAGGACUUGGGUCCAUACCGGAGGGCAGUUGCUUACUUCUCUAAGCAACUAGAUGCAACAGCCAAAAGAUAGCCAGGUUGCCUUAGAGCUGUAGCAGCAGUUGUGGUGAAUAUUCAGGAGGCACUCAAGUUUACCCUGGGACAAAGAAUGACUGUGCUAGUGUCCCAUACAGUGUCCACAGUACUAGAAGAAAAGGGUGGCCAUUGGCUUUCACCACAGAGGUUCCUGAAAUACCAGGCCAUCAUGGUAGAGCAAGAUGAUGUAGAAAUAGUGGUGACUAAUAUUGUCAACCCAGCUUCCUUUCUCAGUGGAAAUCAAGGGGAAGCAGUGCACCACGAUUGCCUGGAGACCAUUGAAGCUACCUACUCCAGCCGCCCAGACUUAAAGGACACUCCUUUGGACGAUGCAGAGACCUGGUUCACUGACGGGAGUAGCUACGUUGCCAAUGGAAAGCGACAUGCUGGGUAUGCAGUGACCACCUGCAGAGAGGUAAUAGAAUCCGGACCCUUACCAACAGGCACCUCUGCACAGAAGGCCGAGAUAAUUGCCCUGACCCGUGCCUUAGAAAUGGCAAAAGGAAAGAAGAUAAACAUCUACACAGACUCGAGGUGUGCAUUCGGAGUCGUGCAUGCACAUGGAGCCAUCUGGAAAGAGAGGGGACUUCUGACCUCACAGGGAAAGAACAUCAAACAUGCACAAGAGAUAAUCCAGCUGUUAGAAGCAGUUCAGCUGCCUGAAAAGGUAGCAAUUAUGCAUAUCAAGGCACACCAAAGAGUGAGCUCAGAAUUGGAAGAAGGAAAUGAGCUGGCGGAUAGAGAGGCAAAGGAAGCAGCAAAAGGUGAGGUAACUAUUGAAGGAGCCCUAAUUCCAGAUGGACAAAUUUCCCUUGAAGUCUCUUACAGAGAAAACUUUGGAACCACAGUGGGAGGGACCGUUCCAGGUGCUUCUCACCACCUUCACUGCAAUCAAGAUCAAGGAGCAGAAUGCCUGGAUCCAUCACUCUCGAGUGAAGAAGGCCCAAGAAGCCCCCCCUUGGAGAGUGACAUGAGGAGACAGUGAACUGAGACUAAAGCUUACAUGGGCAAAAAUGAGUAUAUUGCAGUCGGGAGUGGUUCAUACUUUCACUUGCAGAAUUGUUUUGUAUAUAUUUAUAACUGAUCCUGCUAAUUUGGAAUUGGAGAAUACUACAAUGAGUAGCUAUGUUAACAUCCCUAUCAAAUGUACAUGGCAAAGCAUUGGGAGACACCUAUUGUCAUAGAGUCUGCAUUAAGUAAAAGAAUUUACUUAUAUUCUAGGAAAGGGGGGAAUGAGACAGAGUAGAAAUUUUCCAGGUUGCAGGGUAGAAAUCCUUUUUGAUUUAGGUUAAAUGUACAUCUUUUAGUUAAGCCUUGGAAUCUUAGCUGUUUAGUCUGAGCUCAGAAAAUUGCUCCAGUGAAGGACAGAGAUAAGGGCGGGGGAGA